AUGGACAGGAAUACGGAAAUUAGGAUAGCGUCCAAGGCUAUACUGGACGAAAUGAUAAACGAUCUUAUACUGUCUACGUCCAUGGCUGCUCAUAGGGAGAUCAAGAGGGGCAGAGUAGUAUGCGGAACAUGUGGAACAAAAUGUCGUACGCACAUACCCCUUCCUCCCCCAGCCAUCCCCUCAUCAUCCUCAUCGUCAUCUCUCGUACCCAACUCAUCAGCUCCGCCAUCCCGAUAUCCCUCGCCUCAACCUGGUAUAGGCCCAGAUGGACAGCCCAUAUCCCGUACAGGAGGAUAUACCGUCGGUCCAGAGAAGGGUACAGGUGGGUCGACAGGCAUAGGAAGUGGGAGUGGGAGGAUGGAUGGGAAUGGGAAUACGUUCUUUGAAUGUCUGGUAUGUGGGAGAUCGGUCGCUUCAAAUCGUUAUGCACCGCAUCUAUCCUCAUGUUUAGGUCUCAACGGCUCGACACGCCGAGGUGCAGCUAGAUCAGCAGCAGUGAAAGCUCGAUUGGGCAAUAAUGACAGAUCAUCGCCUUCACCAUAUGUGAACAAGGGCGAUACGGGGUCGGAUAAUGGGGAUUGGGAGAGAGGGAGUGAAGGAGGUGACAGUGUGGGUGGGAAGAAGAAGAAGAAGAUCCUCAAUGGCGCUUCACCUUCCAUUACUCCCUCCUCAUCAGCGAAUGCUAAACGUAAUAAAUCACCUAUCAAAGGAGCCAAUAUACCAAGGAAAUCGAAGAUUGGCGGGACAGGAUCAACACCAAAUUCAGGUAGUGCCACACCAACACCAUCAUUCAGACAGGCUUUACCACCUUCCAAACUCGGUAGACCACCUACAAACCGCCCGAUAGAUAUCUCCCAAUCACCCGCUUCUUCACCUGAGAAAUCGAUCAUAUCUAUAACUAGCUCUGGGCAUGGUGGUGGUAUGACGGGUAAGAAGACUUUACCUGGACAGAAUCAGGGAUUCAACAUGGGUGGAGCUGGACCGGGUGAAAGUGUCACUGACGUAUUGCAGUCUACAGGAGGAGAUGAGAGUAGUGAAGAGGAAGUUGAUGAUUACUAA